GCGCCAAUUUUAGUGUUUUCUGUACCGUAAAUUUUUCAGCUUUUUUUCCAAGUCAUAGGCAAGAAAUCAGUAAUUUUACUAAUUAAACUAGACAAUGGCAUGCAUCCCUCCACUAGUUGGCAUCUCUUUUUGGCUAAUCAUCAUUGGAAUCUUCAUCAUUUGUCUUUAUCUAUGGGCAUUACUAACCUCAACUUGCCAAUUUUUUGAAAAGUCUGAAAACACUUUUGCAACUUUCCAAAAUAUAGCUAACGAUGACGUCGCUGGACGUUCCGCCGAUUUUCUCGGACACCAUGGAAGAGCUGGAAAAGUACCUGUUGUGUCCGGAGCGCCUGUCGAUUCACCAGUACAAGAAAAACCAGCAGUUUUGGCCGCGGAAGGCGCAGCCCGUGGAGCUGCUGUGCGUUGAUGGGGCUUCGCCCUCCACUACCCUUAGAGUGCAAAGAGACCUGGAUACCGGCCAGAUCUUGCAAUUCCAUGAAGUGCCCCUGGAUUCUGUAGGAGCAAACGCUCGCAACUCCAUGUCUUUUAACCGGGAGCCCGCCCCUCCUGAUGAGGCGGUGCGAGGCAACUCCUCCAGCAUCCCGUUCCAGCCCAUCAGCUUUCCAGAGCCAACCCUCAAUCUGCCUAAACGCAACCGGCUACUGGACAAUUCCGAGCUGCUGGUCGUUCCGCCGGGCUUCAGCAGAGGCCUAGCAUUUGCUGAAGAUGGCCGGAGUUUGAUCAAAGAGAGCGCAGACCAGCCCCAAGUGCCCUUGGGGGCCACUAUCAAUCUUCUAGAGCUGAUCCAUCAAGAGGAGGAACUUUUAGGGGCGUUCGAGCAGAAAAAGGAGGAGAGCGAACUGGAGGAGACGGUGCCAAGCACAGAACUGCUGCCCGAGGAGCAGGAGGUGCUCCCCAAAGAGGUCCAGGUAUUGAACAUUUCCGUCCAACCUCCAUCUGCGUUGCUGUGUGGCGGCAGCGAAUGGGCCAUUCCUCUGGACCCCAACCAGAAGAUCACGGACUUUGAGAAAAAAGUCCCCGAUAUGGCCAAGAAGUUCCCGUUUGAGCUGGAUAACUUCCAGAAACUGGCCAUCAUGCAGCUGGAGCAGCACAAUCACGUUUUUGUCGCUGCCCAUACGUCAGCUGGCAAAACUGUGGUGGCCGAGUACGCAAUUUCCCUUUCGCAAAAGCACAUGACCAGGACGAUUUACACCUCCCCAAUCAAAGCGUUGUCCAAUCAGAAGUACCGCGACUUCAAGGAAGAGUUUAAGGACGUAGGCCUGAUAACGGGAGACUUCCAAAUCAACCAAAAGGCCUCCUGCUUGAUUAUGACUACAGAGAUAUUGCGCUCCAUGCUGUAUUGCGGCAGCGACAUUACCAGGGAUAUUGAGUAUGUGAUUUUUGAUGAGGUGCAUUAUAUAAACGACCGCAGCAGGGGCCAUGUAUGGGAGCAAGUGCUCAUAAUGCUGCCAAAAGAAGUUUGUGUGGUCCUGCUGAGCGCAACCGUUCCCAACACUCUGGAAUUCGCCGACUGGCUGGGCCGAACCCAUAAAAGGAAAGUCUAUGUGAUCACCACCACAAAACGGCCGGUUCCACUGCAGCAUUUCCUCUACACUGGCCGCUGGGGCGGCAGCAGAAACAACAAAUUCCUGAUUAUGGAUGCGGAAAAGUGGCAGCCUAAAGGCUACUUUGAAGCUACCGGGGCUCUGGAGCGCUUCAAGGAGCCCAACAUCCGCUUCCUGAACAAACAACAGGAAAAAACGCUCUGGACCAGUCUGGCGGACCAUUUGCUGAAAUUCGAGCUGCUGCCAGUGGUGGCCUUUAUUUUCUCUCGGCAACGAUGCGAUACUAAUGCCGAUAUUCUGUCGCAUCUCGAUCUGACCACGCAGCGCGAAAAGUCCUAUAUUCAUCAAUUCUUCAACAAAUGCGUCCGGUCGCUCAAGGAGCCCGAUCGCAACAUUCCUCAAAUAGUGAAAAUGCGCGACAUCCUGAGCAGAGGCAUUGGCGUCCAUCACAGUGGCGUACUGCCCAUAGUCAAGGAGAUCGUCGAAAUGCUCUUCCAGCAAGGCUUGAUCAAGAUUCUCUUCGCCACCGAAACAUUCGCGAUGGGCGUGAACAUGCCCACAAGGACCGUAAUAUUCGACUCUAUUCGAAAACACGAUGGACUUGAGCAGCGCAAUCUACUCCCGGCCGAGUACAUCCAAAUGGCCGGCAGAGCGGGCAGACGAGGCAAAGACGACAAAGGCACCGUUCUGAUCCUGUGCAAGCUGAACGUGCCGCCUGAGGGCGAUCUGAAGCAAAUGAUGACCGGCAAGCCCAGCAAGCUGGUCAGCCAGUUCCGACUGACCUAUGGAAUGGUGCUGAGCCUGCUGCGAGUGGAAAGCCUGACCGUUGAACAGAUGAUAUCGAAGAGUUUUGGCGAGGCCGACCAUCAGAAAAACGCACCCGAAUUGGACGAGGAACUGCAAAGGACUGAACAGAAGCUGCAAGAUUUACACAAGCAGUCGCUGAGCAGCUACUUGCAGCCGCUGACAAAGUUCUUUGACGCCGCCAAUCUUUAUCUGAAGAAGCGCAUGGAACUGAUGCCGAAGCUGGUGGCGGUUGCCAAAGUGCAGAAAGUGCUCCUGCCCGGUGCUUUGAUAGUGAUCACUAAGAAAGGGCACAUCAACAAGCUCGCCUUGAUUAUAUCCAAGAAACUCUCCCAGUAUAUGGCGUUGGUGCUCACUGAUCCAAGCGAGGCGGACUCAGGAGGCAAUACGAAUGACGACAGUUGGUACCACAUGCUGGCUCUAGCUGAAGACACGCUGUUCUUGCCCUCAAGCAAACCGAGCCACACAGUCCUCAAAUUAAAUGCAGAGGAUAUUUUCGAAAUAUCCUCAAAAAGCCUGAAGCUGGACACCAAGCUGGUGGAGUCCGAUUGGGAGAAGCGGCAAAUGGAGCGCUUCAAGUCCAACCCACCAGGUGAAACGUGCAUGCAGGCUGUGCAAGAGUUGCAAAAGCUCACCCUGCUGGCCAAUGAGAGCAAAACCAGCUUGGCGCUCGUGCAUUUCGUCCGCGAUUUGAACGUGAACGGACAGGAUUUGUACUUUGAUCUAGUGGAAAUGUACGAGGCGAAGGACAAGCUUAUCGACCACCUGCCCAGCACCAGAAUCCCGAACUUCCAAGAGCAGUUUGGCGCAGUCUUCGAAAGGAAGUUUUUGGAGGAGAAAAAGAAGGACUUGGAGUAUCAACUGUCGACGCCCAGUCUGGCCUUGUAUCCGGACUACAAGAACAGGAUCGAGCUGUUGAAGACUUUGGGGUAUGUGGAUGGGGAAAACACCGUUAAACUAAAAGGCAGCGUUGCCUGCGAAAUGGGCAUGAAUGAGCUAUUGAUAACCGAACUGGUGGUUGAUGAUAUUUUCGUUGAUCUCAAACCGCCCGAAGUGGCUGCUCUCCUCUCUUGCUUGGUCUUCCAAGUGAAGCUCAGAGGAGACCCCAGCGAGUACGAGCCGCAACUGACUCCCAAACUCAAAAAAGGCAUUAGACUGAUCAAAUCGGUGCAUCAGAAAAUCGCCAACAUGGAAUUGGCGCUGGGCAUCCAGACUGAAGAGUUCCAGAACGAGCUGAACGUGGGUUUGGUGCAUGUGGUCUACCGUUGGGCCAAUGCUGAGCCAUUCGCGGAAAUAAUGAAACUAACGGAGAUCCAAGAGGGAAUAAUAGUGCGAUGCAUCCAGCAGCUAAACGAGACGAUUAUGGACGUGAGAGAUGCCGCAAAAAUCAUCGGAAAUCCCGCACUCAGAACGAAGAUGGAGGAGGCUUCGGCAGCCAUCAAGCGCGACAUUGUUUUCGCCGAAAGCCUCUACACCCAAGAUGAAAAGUUGUAGGUUUGGUUCACUACUGCGAUCAAUAAAUCAUUGAAAAACA